AUGAAGCUGAUCCCAUCCCUCUUAACCACUUUGCUCGCCGGUAGCAUGGCGAAUGCCAAGUACACCGUUGAAAUCCCAGAAGACGCUGUCUGGGUCACCAACUGGGAUGAGCUGCAAGCUGCCCCUCGAUUCGCGGGAGUUCUCCUCCCCAAGUACGGAGGCUUUGUCAUUGAAGUCGAUGAGAAAAUUGUAUUAGCUACGGAUGAACAAAUGAGCAAGGAGGUGCUUGACUUGCUCACGGAUUUGGAGGAAAAUGACCCGCAGCCUGAAGACAAGCAGACUACUCCUAGCAAGAGAGACGUGGAAGACUUUGCUCUCAGUACUCUCAUUGCCAUCAAAACCUCGCAGAGCAUGUCUCAGCGCAACAUAGAGAUACAGGAGCCAACCGAGCAUGAAGCAACAUGCUGCUCUAGCGAAGGGGGCAUCGCCUACAAAGACCUCUCCCCAGAGCAAAAAGAAAUAAGCGACAUUCUACGCAACAUGGAUCGCGAUCCUGAUCUACUAGGUCUAGCAGACCUCGGCAAAGACGGAGUUUUUCGCUUCCUCGACGCUGAUCGCAACAUUCACUACGCCAUUCCUUUGCGGCCUGCACUUAUCAAAGCCCUUAUUGAUCGUUUACCUUAUGACCCAGAUGUCGAGAAAUUCUGGCGUGGCGUCGAUGGGACGAAAGUGCCCGAAGAGCAGUGGUAUAGCCCACCUGAGGAGAUACUCCCUCCGCCUUUGACGGAAGAGGAGAGAAGAGAGGAGAGGGAGAUUAUGGAGAAGAAUAGAGAUAAGAUUGAUAAGUUUAGGGAGGAUCUGAAGAAUGGGAUUCAUCGGGAGCGUCUUGUAUUUAUAGAAUCGGACAAUAAGCUCGAGUAG